AUGCCGUGGGCCACUUACACUUCUCAGCUCAACAAACUGCCCGCAUGGGCUACCUUGGCUUGUAGAAAUGUCGGCGAAGCGCGUCGUUUUUUGUACUACCGAUUACGUCAAGAUACAAAAAUACUCUCUCUAAAGAAGUUUUGUCUCUCCAAAGAAGUUUUUGUCUCUUUAAAAAGAUCACACGCUAAUCCUGCACCCCAACAGCCUUUGCCAUCGUGCAAUGUAAAGUCAGGGCGUAAAAAAUCUAUGAAGACUCUACGGAAAGUCGUGCAAGUUCCUUCUAUCUCCUUGCAAGCUUGCCUCAAACGAUCCCUAAUCCGCAAUAAGACGGGCAGAUGCGCGUUUUCUAGGUAA